CACGGAAGCCAUACCAUAUUCUUUUCUUUAUUUAUUUUAUUUUAUUUUAUAUAAUUUUAUAUUUUUUAUAUUUCUGCUUUUCUGUAAUUAAUAGCAAUACCAAUCCAUAAUCAAAUCCUCAAUUAAAACCUUACACAAACAAAAACCAUAACCACAAUUUUUCAAAGAAUCCAGUCAAGUCUUGUGAACUGUGAUAUUGUAGCAAUCAUGAGAUAUAGAAAAGGGAGUAAAGUGGAAGUUCUGAGCAAACAAGGAGUGCCUUCAGGCUUUUGGCGCUGUGCUGAGAUUAUCUGUGGUAAUGGCCACACUUACACUGUUAGAUAUGAAGGACAUGCAAGCACCAUUGAUGAGACAGUAAUGGAGAGAAUAUCUAGGAACGCAAUAAGGCCUUGCCCUCCACUACCUGAAAUUGCCGAAGAUUGGGUUCCUGGAGAUGUAGUAGAGGUGUUUGAUGAUUUUUCUUGGAAAACAGCAACAAUAUCAAAGAUGUUGGGAAAAAAAUACUUUCUGGUUAGGAUAAUAGGAUCAUCUCUUGAAUUCAAAGUGAGCAAAUUUGACAUCCGGACACGACAGUCUUGGCAAGAUGAUGAAUGGAUUGUAAUUGGAAAGGGUCCUGGCAGCUGUGAAGGUGCAAAACAUGACAACAAUUCAACUACAAAGUGCGAGAGAAAAUCCAUGAACAACGUUCGAAUGGCAAAGACAAGGUUAAAUGAACGUGUAAAGAAUGAUUGCUUUCCUAAAGUGAACAAGGAGAAUCUCCAAGAGCCUAAUAUAGUUUCCAAUAGAACUUUGAAGAGAGGACCUUAUGGUUAUAAACAAGCUGAAGCACAUGAUGGUGCUGCCCAGAAAUUUAGAGCAGUUGAGAAAGAGGGUAGGCUGCAUCGUUGGUUUGCCACAAAUCAAUUCCCACUGCUUGAACAGGUAGAUGAUUUUGCUUUCCCAACAGAUAUGGUGGGUGAAAAAUUCAUGCAUCCUUCUUUUAACGACCAAACUGGGUUUUCUGCUAUGGAUGUGGAGAGAAGAAAACAAACUGGUGCUGUUGGAUGUUCAUCUGCAGUAGAAUUAGAAUCCAAUGAUGAAGAUGGUGUUACUAGCUCAGUUGGUAGUUGUAGUAUCACUAGCAACAAUUUUUGUAAGUUUCGUAGUUAUGCAGGUUUUAUUGAAGACAAUGAUGGUUGUAGUAGUGAUGCAGAAUCUUUCUGCCAGUGGGGAUGUGGGGAAGAGAAUGUCCCCUUUCCCAUGAAGGAGGACCUGGCUACUGAAAUCCAUAGGUUAGAGUUGCAUGCUUACCGAUGCACUAUGGAGGCAUUGUUUGCAUCAGGACCUCUAAGUUGGGAACAAGAAGCAUUGGUGACAAAUCUCCGUCUAUCCCUCCACAUAUCAAAUGAUGAACAUUUGAUGGAGGGCCAAAGUAGGAGGCUCGUACACCUCACUUCCCAAUGUUGAAAGAUGAUGUUGGGGUUGCUAUGCGGUCUUGGUCUAAACAGUUGGGUAAUUCAUACAGCCCAGUAUGUUCAGCCACUGAUUUUUGGUAAUUUCUAUGAUUGCCAUACUUCCAUUUCAGGCCACCUGUGAGCCUCACAUAUCUUGUUUUGCUGAAGAAUGUGAUUUGAAAGUAGUUGCUGCCAUUGGAUGACCUUCAUGGGAUGCUUGGAAGGUUUUAUUUUGGACCUUUCCUUAGUUCAUCCAUAUAUUGCACCUCUUGCUUAUUGAUCUCUCUUGUUAGUUGCAAAACUAUCAGAUGCAAUCCUCCAUUGUUUUAAAAAAAAAGGUUCCUUAGUGGUUUCAUAAUACUUGGCAUUCACAUUUCUAUUUUUUAUUUUUAAUUUCUCUGAAUCGGGAAUUUAUUGAAGCUCUGGUGAGAAUGCAUCACAUAUCAAACCACUUUCUUUGGAAGCAUGUAGCAAUGGAAGUAGCACAAAUAUCCUACUAAAACCAUAAAAGAAUGGCAUCUGCAUGUGCAAAUUUUGGAUGAUUAUCAAAAAAGCAUAAGCUUUCCUGAAGCUUGCAGUGUCGAAUUAAGUGACGACCCUGGUGGGAUAUCAUGUUAGGAAGCAACCCAAGUCACCGAGGAAAAAAGAGUAAAUAUAAUGGUAAAAUGCCUUCUCUGAUCUGGAAGUGAAUGUUAACAUAGAAUAGGAUGAUAAAUUUUAAGUGUGAGAGAUAUGAUCGCUGAAAGAAAUUUAUCAAUGUCACAAGUUGUUAAUGGGAAGGAAGCGAGAUAUUACAUGCAUUUCUGCAAAUGGGCUGAGUUUGGAAUAGUUAUUGCAGGUAUUUGUGUGUGGAUUAUUUUGCGGCUAGCAUUUACUUCAUUCUAUAAUGGAAUAUCAUUUUGCCAGAUGUGAGAAAUGAUAUUAUGUAGUGUAAGUUCUGUACUCUUCCUUGAAUUCUUCAAGUAUUGGUUGGAUUGAUCAAGCUAGAUGCUAAAUACUUGUGACAGAUACGAGAGGACUCCCCAUGAGUUUUAACCUAAGGUUUUAGAUUAUAUAUGAUAUACAUGAAGUGCAAAUAAAGAGCUUAAGAGCAAUAGGAUACGUGAAAUGCACAAUAGAAAAAGGAAAAUUGAAUGGAUUUAUGUAUCUAUUUUUAUCUGUUCAUUGCUUGUGCACAAUUUUAAGUUGCGGCAUUUACUAUCUACUGAUGAUAUGCCAUUAGUUCUAAAUCAGGCCAGGCAAAUUUCCCGGUUGCAAGAUGCAUCAGCUUGAGAGUAAUUAUAUUACAAGGUGGAGCAUUCUCUUUAUAAAUUGAUAUGGCACUUCAUAAAUGAUGUUUCUAUGUUGUCUACAUAUGGAUGACGAAAGAGUUCAUGAACAUCUCAUUGAUAUAAUUAUAUAAAAUAGAUGAUAAUGCUAAGCAUUUGAUCUCAAGUCAUUCAUAUUAAGCAUAUCUGCGUUAGUGAGCAUCAAAUAAGAUUUCAGCUGACCUGAUUUAUGUGCAUUAUUGUGUUCUCGGGUGCAGAUGAGUCUUGAAAUUUAUGUAACUGGAAGCUCAUUGACCUUGUAAAUUUCUCUUCUCUAGCAGAACGUUGCUUUCAUGGACAGAGAAGCAGCUUGUUCUGCAGAUGGAACUGCUAAAGAUGAAACUACUCUAUCUGCAGAACUCUUGAAGGAUAUGUGUGCAUUCCUGUGUUCUGCUGGAGUUUACGAACUCCAUUUUCAGAUAAGGGAGAUUUCUUUUUUUUUUUUUUUUUUUUUUUUUUUUUUGCAAUAUUAAAAAAUUUUUAUUCAUAUUUUUUUUGGCAAAAAGAAAAAAAAAAAAGAAGCAUAAUAUAACUUUUAAAUUGAAAAAAAGGCGAUAAAAAUAAGUCUAACUCAGAAAGACCAACCUAUCUCUUUUUUUUUUUUUUCCAAUUUACAACAUUUGAUGUCCAAGUCACAUUUGAUAUCCGAGUCAGUCACACCAUUUACCAUUGUUGAUGUAGAUUGUAUACAUCGCUAAAUGAUCAUCACACGUGUGAAAAUUAUUUUUCAUAACAUUUUGGGGAAUUUUAA